AUGAAGGUUUUAGUUUGUGGCGGCGCUGGUUAUAUUGGUUCACAUUUGAUUCGUGAGUUACUUUCAUUACCGAACUAUGAAGUAGUUAUUCUUGAUAAUCUUUCUCAAGGACAUUCAGGAGCUAUUCCAGCUGGACUUGCUUUUGAAAAAGUUGAUGUCAGAGACAAACAAAAACUCGAACAAGUUUUUUCUAAACAUCAACCAGAUGCUGUAAUGCAUUUUUGCGCUACAAUAUCGGUUGAGGAAAGUGUAGUAGACCCAUUACAUUAUUACGAUAAUAAUGUAACUGGAACAAUAUAUUUAUUACAAACAAUGAAUAAGUAUAAAGUUAAAUAUUUUAUUUUUUCAUCAACUGCCGCAAUUUUUGGAAACCCAGAAAUAAAUCCGAUUGCAGACGACGCGUCGACAAAGCCAAUUAAUCCAUACGGAGACACAAAAUUAACUGUGGAAAAAAUUCUGGGCUGGUCAGAAAAUGCUUACGGGAUCAAAUACGCUUGUCUUCGAUAUUUUAACGCGUGUGGUGCACACGAAAGCGGAGAAAUAGGAGAAGAUCAUGAUCCCGAGACUCAUUUAAUACCACUCGUAUUGCAAGUUGUGCUUGGUAAACGAGAACAUAUAAAAAUCUAUGGGAAUGAUUAUGAUACGAGAGAUGGCACAUGCAUCAGAGACUAUAUUCAUGUUACUGAUCUAGCCACAGCCCAUAUCAAAGCAUUAGAAUAUCUUGUAAGAGAGAAUAAAUCUCAACAUUUUAAUCUUGGAAGCGGAGAAGGAUAUUCAGUAAAUGAGGUUAUUAACGCUGCUAGAGAAGUGACUGGACAUCCGAUUCCAGCUAUUGUACAUCCCCGAAGAAAAGGUGAUACCUCAAUUUUAAUCGCUGGUUCAACGAGAGCCGAGAAUAUACUUGGAUGGACACGUAAAUAUGAUUCAAUAAAAAAGAUUGUAGCUACCGCUUGGAAUUAUCAUCAGAAACACCCGAACGGCUACAAUUGA